AUAGAUCGUUAGUUAACUAAGAUAUGGCAGUCGGUCUGGUCGUACUAGCAUGGUUGAUAGUGUAUUGUGCUUGCAAUUCUCAACAUGAAUUCCUUAAUCGUAAAACGCACAGCGCACACGACGACCAURUUGCUUUCUUAGGAGARGAAAUGGCCAAUGAAUUUGAGCACCUCACCCCUGAAGAAUCAAAGCGGAGACUAAGACUACUCGUUCCCAGGAUUGAUAUCAAUAAAGAUGGUUACGUAGAAGAGGCAGAGUUAGAGAUCUGGGUCCGACACAAGAUGAAGAAAUGGGAAGUAGAAGAGGACGUGGAUGCGAUCUUCCGGGAYCUGGACACUAAYAAUGAYGACCAGGUCACGUGGAAGGAGUUUAUGAAGAGAACCUAUGGAUUUCCGGAAGAACAUCUGCACAAAAACUGGGAACGAAAGAACUUAGAACCUUACGURAUGGACGACAAGAGAAAAUGGAAGUACGCUGACCAGAAUAAGAAUGKCAGGCUCACACGAGAAGAAUACGAGUACUUCCAUCACCCAAAAGAACAYGAAGCUAUGAUUACUUAUGUUGCUAUGAAAGUAAUGAUUGAAGCCGACACCGAUAAAGAUGGAUACUUGUCAUUGGACGAAUACCUUGCAUGGAUCGAUAUGCCCGAGUUCUACGUGACGGAUAAACCUGACUUUACUGAGAAGUACGACCAGAAUAGAGACGGGAAACUCGACCUGAAGGAGGUAGAAGACUGGAGACGACCAAAAAAUUAYAACAAGGCACAAGAAGAAGCUCAACACUUGAUUGAACACGCUGAUUUAAAUAAGGACGGCAAGCUGGAUGCAAAUGAGAUCGUCACCAGCAGUGAGUUCUUUGCUGGAAGCUAUGUUACUCAGUUUGGACAGACACUACACGAYGAGUUUUAGAAUCCAAAAUCAAACGAUAUUAUCAAAGUGGAGAAGUUCUGGUAAUUCUUCCACAAUCAAAAUGCUUUCUGUCAGUGCUUUGUUUUAGUUGCAUACAUUUUUAUUGUAAAAUCAAUAUUUGGGAUUUGCAAUAAAUGAGUUUUAGAGGGAAAUACUAUUACCGGGAAUUAUUAAGAAUGCCUUCGGCUCCCCAGUMAUUGGCUUACACCGUUGGGGUGAUCGGUCGAAUGGCAAAGGAAGCUAAAGAAAUCCGCAUAAGUAUGAAUUAAUAAAUCCCUUAUUGC